AGGGCUCACACAAAACCAGCGCGAUCCAAGCAGCCAUUGCGGAGCGGAGCCAAGGGUUUCGGAUUUGUUUGCAUCGAGUCUCACGCAAUUAAAAGGCCACGAGACACAUCAAGGCGAGUCCGAACCCGGCACUGAUCUGUCCGUAGGUGUGGGGUCACUGGGCUCUUCGCUUUUCUGUCACCUGGAGUUGAUCUCUAGGAUUUUGCUUUUGCUGUCGGGGUGGUGUGACAAUAGUUUUUUUUUCCUUCUUAAAAAUGACGGUUAAUCCGGAUUAUCUGGUGCUUUUUUUCACCACCACAUCUGGCGCAAGUGGGGACCAAUUGGGAUCAGAUGAGAAGGAAAUUGUACAGCUGGUUUGGCAAGUUGUGGAUUUAGCGACUAAAAAGGCAGGUCAGGUCAAUGAAUUGCUAGUCAAACCGGAUCACGUUGAGCUCUCUGAGGAGUGUCAGGAGGUGAGUGGACUCACCGAGGAGGCCUUGACAGAAGCUGAAGCGCUUGAGGAGGCCAUCGAACAGUUGAAUCAGAGAUUAUGUGCAGAAGUGGACGCAGGUGCAGGAAACACCUUCUACCUCUGUACGGAUGGACAGCUGCACAUUCGUCAAGUCCUCCAUCCUGAAGCGUCCAGCAAGAAUCUUUUGUUGCCUGAGUGUUUCUUCUCCUUCUUUGACCUGCGGAAAGAGUUCAAGAAAAAAUUCCCAUCAGAAGGGGAACUGAAAGACUUGAAUCUUCAGGUCAUGGCUGACUAUCUGAAUGUGGUUGUAGAUUCUUCUCUUCAUGCUUUCACUGCUCACAUGGUUCAGCAGAUGACAGAAAUUGUUUUAGCACUCGUCUCAGAGCCUGUCUCCCACCAGUUCUCCUUCCCUGAAAAAGUGAAUGACAAGUUUGAGACUGGCACGUGCAGUAAGAUGGAGAGGGUGGAUGAUAACACGGUGAUCAGAGCUCGGGGUCUUCCAUGGCAGUCCUCAGACCAGGACAUCGCUCGAUUCUUCAGGGGUCUCAACAUUGCCAAAGGAGGUGCUGCAUUGUGUCUGAAUGCUCAGGGCAGGAGGAAUGGAGAGGCACUAGUGCGGUUUGAGAGUGAAGAGCACAGGGAUUUGGCCCUGCAGAGACACAAGCAUCACAUGGGCACCAGAUACAUUGAGGUUUACAAGGCAACAGGUGAAGACUUUUUAAAGAUAGCUGGAGGUACCUCUAAUGAAGUUGCCAAAUUUCUGUCGAGGGAGAAUCAGGUUAUCAUACGCAUGCGUGGACUUCCGUUCACCGCAACAGCAGAGCAGGUGCUGCAGUUCUUCUCCCCGGCAUGUCCUGUGACAGACGACAGCGAAGGCAUUCUGUUUGUACGUUUUCCUGAUGGCAGGCCCACUGGGGACGCGUUCGUGCUGUUCUCACAUGAGGAACAUGCUCAGAAUGCACUGAAAAAACACAAGGACAUCCUGGGCAAGCGGUACAUAGAGCUGUUCAAAAGCACUGCGGCUGAGGUGCAACAGGUAUUGAACAGAUACUCAUCGGCCCCCUUGAUUCCUGUGGCCCCAUCCCCCAUCCUGUCUGUUGUGCCACCCCCCACAUUCAUGCCCCCAACGGCAGCAGUGACAGGUGUGCGGGACUGCGUGAGAUUGAGGGGUCUUCCGUACGAUGCCACCAUCCAGGACAUAUUGGUUUUCUUGGGCGAAUACACUGCUGACAUCAAGCCACAUGGAGUGCAUAUGGUGCUUAACCAGCAGGGUCGUCCAUCGGGUGAUGCUUUUAUCCAGAUGCGUUCAGCGGACCGGGCCUUCCUGGCGGCCCAGCACUGCCACAAGCGCAGCAUGAAAGAGCGUUACGUGGAGGUGUUUGCGUGCUCCGCUCAGGAGAUGAACAUCGUGCUGAUGGGGGGGACGCUCAACAGGAGCGGUCUCUCGCCGCCGCCAUGUAAGUUACGACGUUUGUCCCCGCCAUCAUAUGCUUUUCCUCAUGGGACGACUGUUCUUCCUGCUGGAGCGGUCCUUCCUGCGGGAGCAGUGCUACCUAUGGAGCCAACAGCUAUCUACCCCUCCCAGUUCCUGCUGAGUCCCCGAACCCUGGCACCAACGACGGCCUUCUACCCUGCCAGUAACCCACUGUACAUGAACUACACCACCUAUUAUCCCAGUCCACCUGGCUCCCCCCCUAAUAUCAGCUACUUCCCUACUGGCCACACCCCUUCAGCAGGCUCAGUCCUCUCAGCCCCACCUACAGCACUGAUACGAAUGCAAGGCCACGCCCCAUCCCAUGCUUAUAAUAGCGGUGUUAAAGAAAUCCUCAGCAUGGUACAUGGAUAUCAGCCCGGCAACAGCGAUGCUUUGGUAACUCUCCCUUCUAUGCUGUCAGCCAAGCAGCCUAUUGGAGACCAGACUAUUGGAGGCGGAGCCUAUCUUGACUUGCAGUUGCUUUAAGCCAAUCUCUUGACGAGGCCACACCCCUGCAGUGGAUUCAGCAAACCCCUCAAUACAAAGCAGUUUAUGCCAUUUAUUCUAUUUAUAUAAGAAUUUUAAAAAGAAUUAUAUGUAUUUUGACAUUUAAUGUAUAUUGCACAUUGUUUUUUAAGCAUUAGAGCUAAUAUUCUACUCAUAAGGUUGCGUGAGUUUAUAAGUUUGUAUGUUUGUGUCCAUGCACAUGCAAUUAUGUUCACUCAGGAAAUAGCUUCUGAAACCAGGGUCUAAACAUUAAACCUGCCGUAUCAGAGGCAGACUUUCACUAAUACCAUAAAAUUAAGCCAAAUGAGCAGAAAAGGUGUGUGUGUGAGUGUGUGUCAGUGUCUCCCUGUUGAUGUGACUCUACCAUGAGUAUGUGUAAAUGCGUAGAGACAUUCUCAAGCCUCUUUUUAUUUCUUUGAAGGUUUUAAUUGGCAUGAAGUCCAUAGAGCUAGCUGUUCUAUCAUGUUUACACGAUUGGCCAAAAUCGUACACCACGCACAGUGUAGUUCGUGGAUAUCUGCAACAUGUAGUUCUUCUAAAUCAUUUCGCCAAAAAUAGCUCAGAAACAGAAUCAGGAAAAACUUUUGUGCUUUAUAUCUGGGUACCUGUGUCAUGCAUAAGAAAAAUAUGUAUUGUCCGUACCAAUCAAUGUACAAAAUUCUAUAGAUAAAUGUGCUUGUUGAUGUGUGCAUGUGUAGUAGAUGUAACUAAUGAAUGAAUGAGAGAGAGAGUGUGUGUGUUUAACCAAAAGUCAAUGCAUGUGUGUUUAUUUACUGCACUCAGAGAGUGUUUCAGGCCUGCUGUAAUGCACACAGGUGUAUUUUCACCCAUUGUCUGUGUAUUAAGGAGAGUGUUUGUGUGCAUCUGCUGGAAUGUGAACAGGUUUAUUUGUUACCUGCAGCUGUAUCCCAUUAGUACCUUCCUGUUUAUACCAGUGGUUUUCAAACCUCUCCAUGAAGUACCCCGAGCACUGCACAUUUUGUAUGUCUCCCUAUAUCUGACACCCACUUCAGGUCUUGCAAGCUCCACUAAUGAGCUGGUGAGUUGAAUCAGGUGUGAUAGAUGAGGGAGACAUACAAAAUGUGCAGGGCUGGGGGUACUCCAGGACAGGUUGGAGAACCACUGGUUUAUGCCAAUGUGCCUCAUUUAUUAUAUUCUGUGCUUAAAAAAAAAAAAAAAAAACCCUAGGAGUAAUUUGCAUGUUUAGGAUUUUAUGAGCAGUAGGAGUAAAGUGUAUGACAGUUAAAUAGUCAGUGUGAUUUAUACUACUACCACACAUGCCAACAGGCAGUAGUUAAGUAAAAGCACUAUUCUUUCAUGUUACUGAUCUGUUACCUUCAUAUUAAUUCGUAAACAUAUGUAGAAAAGAGAAAUCAAGAAUUUGGCUGUUUGGAUAAAGUAUUAUUUUAUUUUGAUAUUUUAUAAUAACUUAAAAUAAAGGAAAUUUAACAUUGUUUCUGAGGGAUUGAGUGACUGACUCACUAUGUGCAUAUUUACAUUUACACACUUAAAAAAUAGUGAGAAGUGAUUGAGCUACAUUAAAUAGAUUUUAUUUCAGUAAGUGUAGUCAUAUCAAAAUAUUAACACUGGAGUUGCUCUCCCUUAAGAUAAUCAAGUUGUAAACAAGAAAAUAAAAAGUUUACAUUUCAUUUUGUUGCCCCAGAUCUACUUCUAGAAGGCAAACUUGAAAUGCAUAUUUAAUGCCCUCUUGUGGGCAAUGUAUGCAUCAAAACUUGAUCUCUGCUCAUCGCACUUCCGGAAAUGUCUUUGUUUUUAUAUUACACGACAAAUAAAGGAGGUUGUUGUAUAAAACUGGAGUUUCAUAUGAAAAUGUAUAUAAUGGAUAGCAGUAAAAUUUUUCACAAAAUAUAUGUUAGAAACCUUUAACUUUGCAAGACAUUUAAGCACGUUCAGAAUAAAAUACUGCAUUUGCAUACUGCGAAA